AUGCUGAUGAAGGACGCGGGUGCAGGCACCAAGUGCUACGUACCCGACGACACAUACGUAUGGCUUCCUGCGCAGAUAUUGCGCGAGGAAAAGAGCUCGAACCCUAAAAAACCCGAAAAAACUAUUGUACUGCGCGUAUUCCCUCCACCUGGUAAUCCCGAAGCUGUCGUAGAUGAGGAGCGAGUGCUGGACUUCAACGACUAUAAGGUCAAGGCCAUGAUGAGAAGCUUACAGCUUGAGUCUUUGCCCUAUCAAAAUGAGAAUUUGGGCCUCACGGGAAUAGAGGAUAUGACCGCACUUAAUUAUCUACAUGAGGCUGCCAUACUAUACAACGUCAAAAAGCGCUUCUUGCAAAAGUUGCCGUAUACAUACACUGGCGAAAUUUGUAUCGCCGUGAAUCCUUAUCAGUGGCUACCAGAGCUUUACACAGAGCAAACACAGGCUCUAUACCUCACUAGACCUCGGGACGAAUUACCGCCUCAUGUGUACGCAACAUCCGUAGCGUCGUACAAUGAUAUGAAGCGAAAUGGGAUGAACCAGUCAAUUUUAGUAAGUGGAGAGUCGGGAGCUGGUAAGACGGAAACCACUAAGAUUCUGAUGAAUCAUUUAGCUUCAAUCGCUGGAGGCUUGAAUGACUAUACAAUUAAGAAGAUUAUAGAGGUGAAUCCACUCCUCGAGUCGUUUGGCAACGCCAAAACUGGGAGAAAUGAUAAUAGCUCUCGAUUCGGCAAAUUUACUCAGUUGCAAUUUGACAAUACUGGUAUUUUGGUGGGAGCUCGAUGUAGAACUUACUUGCUGGAGAAGACUCGUGUUAUAUCUCACAUAGAGACCGAGCGCAAUUAUCACAUCUUCUACCAGUUGUUAGCUGCGAGUGAAAGCAAAGAAAAGUGGCACUUGGAUGAUGCCAACGAGUGCUACGCGUACACGGGUGCAAAUAAGACUCUCCAGAUCGAGGGUGUGUCGGACGACAAACAUUUUGAGCGCACCAGAACGGCUCUGGGGCUUAUUGGAGUCACGGAGGAGCAGCAAGGAGUCCUUUUUGAGGUGCUCGCAGGCAUAUUGCAUCUUGGACAAUUGACAAUACAGUCUAAAAAUAGUAAUGAAGAGUCCGAGAUUAGACCUGGCGACAAAGCUGCGAAAUACGCGACUGAACUUCUUGGCAUUUCGGCAGCAGACUUGGAAAAGGCUUUGUGCUCGCGUCAAAUUGCAGUCGCUGGAGAUGAAGUGACUACCUUUUUGAAGAAAGAUCAAGCAGAGGAGUGUAUUGGUGCUUUAUCUAAGGCCAUUUACUCCAAAGUUUUUGAUUGGCUAGUCAACAUUAUCAACACAUCUCUCGAGAAUGAUCAGAAAAUGCAUCAUCACGUGGGAAUUCUUGAUAUCUUCGGCUUUGAGCAUUUUAAACUCAAUUCUUUCGAGCAAUUUUGUAUAAAUUACGCUAAUGAAAAAAUUCAGCAGAAGUUUACUCAAGAUGUCUUUAAAACAGUGCAAAGUGAGUACGAAGCUGAAGGCAUUUUGUGGAGUCACAUUGACUUCGCAGAUAAUCAAGAUGUAAUCUCUAUGAUUGAAGACAAGCUUGGAAUCAUUUCGUUAUUAAACGACGAGGUGAUGCGUCCGAUGGGCAAUGAUGAAGCUUUGGUUUCUAAGCUUUCAACAAUUCACAAAGACGACCAAGAUGUCAUAGAAUUUCCGCGCACAUCACGCACACAAUUCACGAUCAAGCACUAUGCAGGAGCAGUUACGUACGAAUCAUUGGGCUUUCUAGAAAAGCACAAGGACGCUCUCCUUCCUAAUUUAUCCGAGCUAAUGCGAAGUUCGUCUAAACAGUUUUUGAAGGACAUGUUCGUCGACAAAACCAUCAAGCCAGUCGUUUCACGAAGGAGAAAUCACACUAAUUCGCGAGGUAGUCGAACUACGCGUGGUGUUUUGACAGUGACGAAUGUUGGCACUCAAUUUAAAGACAAUCUCAACGAGCUCAUGACUAGCAUCCACCAAACCAAAGUACAUUAUAUCCGAUGUAUCAAGCCCAACCAAAAUAAAAGCCCAACUGAAUUGGGUCAAGUAAUGGUGGUGUCACAACUUCGUUGUGCUGGUGUAAUCGAGGCAAUUCGCAUUUCUCGUGUAGCAUAUCCAAACCGCCUGCUGCUAGAGGAAAUCGUCGACAAGUUUUGGGUGUUUGAUGUGGGGCAUCGCAAUACAAAUAUCUCGGUAAAGACUCGCUGCGAAGCUCUGAUGGCAAAAAUGAAUUUUUCUUCUCCCGAGCAGUAUCAAAUUGGUUUUACACGCAUUUACUUUCGCUAUGGAAUCCUCGAAAAAAUGGAGGAAAAGAAGGCUGAGCGGUUGGAUGUUCAAGCCCGCAACUUGCAACACUAUAUGCGGGGGUUUAGCUGCAGACUUCGCUACCUUCGCCAGUUGCGAGCAAUUGUAAAGCUGCAGUCUGUUGCUCGAUGUGUUAUCAUGAUGCAUCAUUUUCAGUCGCUUAAAGCCGCAAUAAUCACACUUCAGGCUCAUUGGCGUGGAAGAAAGGGUCGCUGUGUUUGGCUGGAAGCCAGAAAAAACAAAAGUGCGAUUAUUGUCCAAAAAUAUGCUCGUUGCUUCAUUGAACGCAAACAAUUUAAAGAUAAACGGAAGGGGGCUGUAAAAAUUCAAGCAUACCUGCGUAUGAAAUUCGAGCGACCAAAGUAUAUCAAAGCUCUGCAGGAGAAGAAACAACAGGCUGAUAUGAAAUACCAAUUAAACAAGCUGCAGCAGCGCCUUCAUGAUGAACAACGUCGAAAUGAAGAAGCCAAGAAGGAGAUGCUGGUUGCGACCUCUGCUGACAACAGUGAAGGAAGAGGAUCGCAAUCACCCGGCCAAUCGGCUGCUCACGUCUGGAUGGCUGAUGCUGACGGGAUUAUUAGCCAGCUCAACGAGGAAGCAAAUCGUCUGCGCAAGGAGAAUGAAGAACAGAGAGCUUUGACGGCACAUCUUAAAAGUGAGGUCGAGAAGCUUAAGUUUGAUCAGACUGUGUUGACAGCGAAUUUUCAAGUCAAAAUUAGCGGUUUCCAAGACACGAUCCGCGAGAAGGAGAAAAAACUUGAAACUGUAGAACGCGAGUGCGUCAAGCUUCGUGAGCUUGUGGGCUCUGACUCAGAGGUCUCAAGUCAGAGAUUUAUCCGCAAAGACCAACGCUCAGCAUUUCGAAAAUUGGGUUCUAAGAAAGACAUUGACGAUGGAUCUGACAGCGGAGAGGCAGGUCGGGCUUCUACGGCCAUGCAAGCAGCACUUGCCCAGAAAUCAGCCGAGACGGCGCAGUUUCUCCGGCAAUCUGCGCGACGUAUGUCUAGUGCAAAGUUGUGGCAUACCAGUAGUAGUGGGGAUAGUGAAGGAGAAGGGCAUUUAUCUGGCAGUGAAACGGGCGACUUUCACAAUCGCCCAUCGCUUCUUCAAGAGGUGAGUGCGGUUGGAGUCGGUGCUAUGGAGGUUUUUAAAAGCAGACUCACAGCCGCAAAAGUAAAGUAUUAUGGAGAAGAUGGCACAUUGGCUGCAUCGCGUCAAACGACUGAUCCCAGGAAGACUUUUACUCCAAGAAAGUCGAUUAGCUUAGAAUCAAUGCCGCUUGCUGCAGGAUGGGAGAUGCGCGUAUCGCGCUCGAAGGGCAAAGCGUACUACUGUAAUCCGACUUUGCGGAUUACACAAUGGGAUCGUCCAUUAGCCGUACUACAAAAUGAGCCCGUCCGGCGCGACUCAUCAGACUUGCCAACAAUACCAGAUCAUACUUGA